GACACACCUGCUGAAAUGCUGCUGUCAGGAUCUGCCACCGAGUGUUUUCAAGAGGUUGCUGUAGAGAUUUCAAGGAAUCUCAGUGCUGAGAUACAUGCCAGACCUGCUAGUAUUUCAGGACUUAAAAUGGCAGGAGAAGAUCCCUAUAUUAUGGGAGUGUCAGAUCCCCAAAUGUUUGCAAUGGACCAGUUCAUGGGAAUGAAUACAAUAUUUAAUAAUACAGGUUACAUCACUUCAGACUUACCACUACGAACAGCAGACGGACCGUAUCUUCAAAUCAUUGAGCAGCCAAAACAGAGGGGUUUUCGAUUCCGAUACGUAUGUGAAGGGCCUUCACAUGGUGGACUUCCUGGUGCUUCCAGUGAAAAGAACAAAAAAUCAUUCCCUCAAGUCAAAAUUUGCAAUUAUGUUGGACCUGCAAAAGUAAUUGUCCAGUUAGUUACUAACGGGAAAUACGUCCACUUGCAUGCUCACAGCUUGGUGGGUAAAUUUUGUGAAGAUGGAGUAUGCACAGUUAACGCAGGACCUAAAGAUAUGGUUGUAGGGUUUGCAAACCUUGGAAUACUUCAUGUCACAAAGAAGAAGGUGUUUGAAACUCUGGAAACACGUAUGAUAGAUGCUUGCAAAAAAGGAUACAACCCAGGACUCUUGGUGCAUCCUGAACUUGGCUAUCUGCAGGCAGAAGGACGUGGAGACAGACAGCUAACUGAACGAGAAAGAGAAAUUAUUCGUCAGGCAGCAGUGCAGCAGACUAAAGAAAUGGAUCUCAGUGUGGUGCGUCUUAUGUUUACAGCCUUUCUCCCUGACAGCAAUGGCAGUUUCACGCGAAGACUUGAUCCUGUUAUAUCAGAUGCAAUAUAUGACAGCAAAGCUCCCAAUGCCUCCAACUUAAAAAUUGUAAGAAUGGACAGAACAGCAGGGUGUGUAACUGGAGGGGAAGAGAUUUACCUUCUCUGUGACAAGGUUCAGAAAGAUGAUAUUCAAAUACGUUUCUAUGAGGAGGAUGAGAAUGGUGGUAUGUGGGAAGGCUUUGGAGACUUUUCUCCUACAGAUGUACAUAGGCAGUUUGCUAUUGUGUUUAAAACACCCAAGUAUCGAGACGUCAAUAUCACAAAGCCAGCCUCUGUAUUUGUACAACUGCGUCGGAAAUCUGAUCUGGAAACAAGUGAACCAAAGCCUUUUCUUUACUAUCCGGAAAUCAAAGAUAAAGAAGAAGUGCAAAGAAAACGACAGAAGCUCAUGCCAAACUUCUCAGAUGGCUACGGUGGAGGCAGCGGCACAGGAGGAGGUGGCAUGUAUGGUGGGGGAGGCGGCGGUGCUGGCUCUGGGUUCAGUUAUCCUUCGUACGGUUACUCAGCUUUUGGAGGGAUGCAUUUCCACCCUGGCACAACAAAGUCCAAUGCUGGAAUGAAACAUGGCAACGGACUGUCAAAUUGCACAGCUGAAAAAGAUAGGAAGAGGUCUGAUAAACCAAGUGACAAAUGCAGCAUGGAACAUGAUGUGAAAGUGGAAACUAUGGAGAGGAAUGAGUGCAGAACCUGUGGUGUUAAUGAGGAGAAGGAGGAGGAUGCUUCAUCCUGUAGAGGUGAAGUAAACGAAGCAGAUUGCAAGUGGCAGGAUGGUCCCUUCCUGGAGAAGGCGAUGCAGCUUGCCAAGCGCCAUUGCAAUGCUCUCUUUGAUUACGCUAUAACUGGAGAUGUGAAGAUGCUGUUGGCUGUUCAGCGCCAUCUCACCAUUGUCCAGGAUGAUAACGGAGACAAUGUCCUUCAUUUAGCAAUUAUCCACCUUCACAAGGAACUGGUUAAAAACCUCUUGGAUGUGAUCCCAGAUUUGAAUUAUAACGACAUUAUCAACAUGAGGAAUGACCUUUAUCAGACCCCCUUGCACCUGGCAGUAAUCACAAAGCAGGCAGAGGUGGUGGAAGACUUGCUGAAGGCUGGAGCAGAUGUCAGCCUUCUGGAUCGCCACGGUAAUUCUGCCCUACAUUUAGCUGCUGCUGAAGGAGAUGACAGGAUUUUGAGUCUGCUCCUCAAGCAUAAGAAGAUACCUUCGAUGGUCGACCUUUUCAAUGGUGAAGGUCUCUGUGCAAUUCACAUGGUGGUGAUGGCAAACAGCAUGUCCUGCCUCAAACAACUGAUCGCUGCUGGAGUUAAUGUCAACGCUCAGGAACAAAAAUCUGGACGAACUGCAUUGCAUUUAGCUGUUGAACUGGAGAACAUCCCUUUGGCGGGCUACCUGUUGCUUGAGACUGAUGUAGACGUGAACAGCACUACAUAUGAUGGGACAACACCUCUUCACAUAGCAGCUGGAAGGGGCUCUACAAAAUUGGCAGCAGUUCUCAAAGCAGCAGGUGCAGAUCCUCACAUUGAGAACUUUGAGCCACUGUUUGAUCUAGAGGAUAUGAAAGAUGAUGAUGAUGAAGGAAUAGUACCUGGGACAACACCACUGGAUAUGGCAGCCAAUUGUGAGGUGUACGACAUAUUAAAUGACAAGCCUUACAAACCAGAAGCAGCAGUUUCAAAGGACUUACUGACACAAGGACAUAUAAGAGAGCUGAAUGAAAGCGUCAAGAUGCAGCUUUGCAAAGUAUUGGAAAUAUGUGACCCAAGCAAAAACUGGUUUACUCUAGCACAAAAGCUGGGUCUUGGCAUACUUUGUAACGCCUUCAGGUUGUGCCCUUCCCCAUCAAGGACUCUGCUAGAUAACUAUGAGGUUUCUGGUGGUACAAUUGAAGAGCUGAGUGCUGCUUUGAGACAGAUGAAUCACACGGAAGCCAUUGAAAUCAUUCAGAAUGCACAAUCCAUCUCACAAAGGCAGCCUCACCAGGAGGACAACACAGUAGAAGCUCUUCUUUCAUCAUCUCCACCCACCUUUGCAAAGAGAGACACAGGUAAAACUGACAGCAAAACAUCCAGAGCUUCAAACCAUUUUUUACUCCCCCGUGCCUGGCCAUGUUAAUUAAUGAAAACAUUUGUUUCCUCUUGAUGCAAACACACAGUAACUCCAUCCUAGUCUAACCUUACCCUUUAUAGAACAUUGUUUGUUCAGGCAUGGAAUGAGUGUUCACACCUUUCAGAACUGUGCUUGUACAUAUUUGCCUCUUUAGCUUAAUUUAACACCUUAGCCUCUUUAACCCCUUAAAGAGGGGUUCUGCUGCUUUGCAACACAAAUGGAUUGCAUUAAGUAUUUUUUUUUAAAACAGCUGUUCUGAAAAAUACUACUGAACUCUGUAAUAUGGUGACCAGUGUUUGAGUCAUACCAGGACCUCAUCACACCUUCAGCUUGGAUAUGGCUCUCUUGCAGUCAGACACUCCUUUUGGGGACCUUGCACAAAUGGCUUCUGCUGCUGAUCACAUGCUCUGGUCAACUAGAAGUGUCUAGCACAGCUUUUCCUAUUGCAAUAUCUAAAGCUGCAGUUAU